AUGGUGGUGGCGGUGAAGAAGCCCAAGACCUUCCAGGUGGUCUUCAGCGACCCCAACAAGGCCUUCUACUGCAGCGGGGACAAGGUGUCUGGGAACGUGGUGCUGGAGGUGCUGCAGCCCUGCAGGAUGUCCCGGCUGCGGCUGGAGGCGGCCGGCUGCGCCCGUGUGCACCACGCCAAGGGCAAGCAGGGCCAACAGGAAGUGGAAUACCUGAAGUACGAAGAGGAGCUGCAGCUGGGCGAGCUGGCCCGAGAUUCUGAUGGCUGCUUCCUGCUGCAGCCUGGAAACACAUACCACUUCCUGUUUGGGUUCGAGCUGCCGCCUCCUGGGCGGCUGGUGUCGUCCUUCAAGGGGAAGUUCGGAUACGUCCGCUACUACAUACGGGCGGUGAUGGAGGCACCUUCCCAGAAUGCUUUGCAGUGUGAGAGGGAGUUUGAGGUGGAGGAGCCGCUGGACGUCAACACACCCGACCUGCUGGCUCCUGCGGCGGGCUCCAAGCAGAAGAAGGUGACCAUCAUGUUCAUCCCGGACGGCCAGGUCUCCAUCAGCGCCCAGAUCGACAGGAAGGGGUUCUGCGAGGGCGAGGAGAUCAGCAUCAACGCCAAGUUCGAGAACUCCUGCUCCCGCAUCGUGGUGCCGAAGGCCGCCAUCGUCGCCAAGCACACCUACCAGGCCAACGGGCGCAUCAAGGUCCUGAGGCAGAAACUGUCGGCGGUUCGGGGAAACCACAUCAUCUCAGGGAUGUGCGACAUGUGGCAGGGAAAAACCAUCCGGGUGCCCAAACUGAAGCCGUCGCUGGUGGGCUGUGACAUCAUCAAGGUGGACUACGCCCUCAUGCUCUACCUGCACAUCCCCGGCAGCGACAAGCUGAUCCUGGAGCUGCCGCUGGUGAUCGGGACGAUCCCGUUCAGCGGUUUUGGCAGCCGGACGAACAGCAUGAGCAGCCAGGCGGAGUCUCUGAGCUCGCCCUCGGCCAGCUGGGCCUCCUUCCCCUCGGCACCGCCCAGCUACAGCAACAUCCACCGCGACCUGCGCGUCGACAGCAUGCCGCUGCUGGACGACUACGACGGCGAGGAGGAGGAGGAGGGGCUCUUCAUGCGAGCACCAGAACACCAUUACCCUCCACCCCCUGCCUACUCUGAGGUUAAUUAAGACAUCAGCAGAGGUCGGGUCGUCCAGGUCUCCUGAACCACCAGGAACCAGAACCUGUUUGAGCUGCAAGAAGAAGAAACUGCAGCAAACGUUUGUGAAGACUGAAGACUUCCUGGUCCAGAGAGCCUGACUUCCUGUCCGUCAUGGGUUCGUCCAGACGCUGUGCAGCUGCUGGUCGUUCCUCCUAUUCAUUCCACAGCAGCUCCGUGCCGACGGGCGCCGAGCUCUCAGGCCUGAUGAGACCUGAUCUCAGGUCUGCUGAGGCCUCAGCUGUGUGUUCAGUAUUACUUUGCACUUUCUAGACUUCAUCGUGUUGUGAACUCAUGUUUUCUAGUGUUUAUUCUAGAUGUUUCUGGGCUCGGCUCAGUGCUGUUACAGUGAGAUGAAACUGUAUAUUUUUUACUCUGUAAAUAAGAAUGCACCAUUUUGUAUAUGAUGCCCUCUGGGCUUAUUUUUGUAUUCAGAGAAUAAAUCAUUUAAUUUCA